UCACCAACGAAGAACAAGGUGAGAAUCAUUACAAAAAGUGGUGAAGAAAACCAUGGCCACGAGAGCACACUGUUUGGUACUUGCAUACCCAGCUCAAGGUCACAUCAAUCCCAUACUUCAAUUCUCAAAACUACUGCAAAGGCAAGGGGUGAGAAUAACUCUCGUUACAACACGUUCCUACUAUAAUAACUUGAAAAUUGUGCCUCCUUCUAUUGCCCUUGAAACCAUCUCUGAUGGGUUUGAUAAUGGAGGACCAAAAGAAGCUGGCGGCUUCAAAGCCUAUUUGGAACGCUUCUGGCAAGUUGGGCCACUCACUUUUUCUGAGCUUAUUGAGAAACUUGGUGGAUCAAAAGAUGAUGAUGACCAUGUUGAUUGUGUUGUUUAUGAUUCAUUCUUCAGUUGGGCACCAGAAGUUGCCAAGAGAUUUGGAAUAGUUGUUGCAGCUUAUCUCACUCAAAACAUGGCUGUGAAUAGCAUAUACUAUCAUGUUCACUUGGGGAAAUUGCAGGUUCCACUCAAAGAACAUGAGUUUUCUCUUCCUGCCAUGCCUAAACUUUAUCUCGAGGACAUGCCUUCUUUCUUCUUUGGUGAAGAUUUCACUUUUCUUGAUUUUGUAGUUUAUCAGUUCUCCAUUAUUCACAAAGCUGAUUGGAUCCUAUGCAACACCUUCUAUGAGCUGGAGAAAGAGAUAGCAGAUUGGAUUGUGAAGGUUUGGCCACAAUUUAAGACUAUAGGACCAAACAUUCCAUCUUUCUUUUUAGAUAAGCAAUGGGAAGAUGANCAAGAUUAUGGGGUCACAGAAUUCAAGAUUGAAGAAUGCAUGGAAUGGUUAGAUGAUAAGCCAAAAGGGUCUGUUGUUUAUGUAUCUUUUGGGAGUUUGGCUUCCUUUAGUGAAGAGCAAAUGAAAGAAGUUGCUUGUUGUUUGAGAGAGUGUUCGAGUUAUUUCUUGUGGGUGGUGAGAGCUUCCGAAGAAACUAAACUUCCUAAAGAUUUUGAGAAAAAAACAGACAAGGGUUUGGUAGUAACAUGGUGUUCCCAAUUGAAAGUUCUUGCUCACGAGGCUGUCGGGUGUUUUGUGACACACUGUGGUUGGAAUUCAACGUUAGAAACUUUGUGCUUAGGAGUUCCAACCGUUUCAAUACCAUAUUGGUCAGACCAGAGCAUAAAUGCAAAGCUUCUUUCAGAAGUUUGGAAAAUUGGAACAAGAGCUCUAGUUGAUGAGAAAAAGGUUGUGCAACGAGAAACUCUGAAGCACUGUAUAAAUGAAAUAAUGAAUGGAUCUAAAGAAAUGAAGAAUAAUGCCAUUCGGUGGAGGACUUCAGCAAUAAGAGCUGUUACUGAAGGUGGUAGUUCUUAUGAAAAUGUCAAAGAAUUUGUGAAUAAUUUAUCGCAUUCAUAAGCUUGAUGUUCUAAAAUUGAGAUUACUUCGUCAUCAGAAGUUUCUGUGUUGUAUUUCCAUGAAACAGGUUGAUCAAUAAUUCAUUACAUUCAUAAGUUUCAAGAUCAAUUGUACUCCAUGACAGGACAAAUAAUUCCUGUUAUAUUUUCAUGGGAACAUUUUAUUAUAACUAGCUAAUAGUAUAUCCAUUUUAUCAUUUAGGUUGCAUUUUGUAUAUAGUAAAUUUGAUAAUAAA